AUGGCUGAGGUACUGGCAUCCAUGGUGCUCAGGCCGCUGGUGUCCAUGGUGAAGGAGAAGGCCUCCAGCUACCUCCUGGACCAGUACAAGGUGAUGGAGGGAAUGGAGAAGCAGCACAAGCUUCUCAAGCUUAAGCUGCCGGCCAUCCUGGACGUCAUCACCGACGCCGAGGAGCAGGCAGCAGCGAAGAGAGAAGGGGCGAAAGUUUGGCUCGAGGAGGUCCGCAAGGUUGCCUACCAGGCGAAUGAUGUCCUAGACGAAUUCAAGUACGAGGCGCUGCGCCGCAAAGCCAAAAAGGAGGGGCACUACAAGGCACUCGGCAUGGAUGUAAUAAAGCUCUUCCCUUCUCACAACCGUAUUGUUUUCCGUCACAAAAUGGCAAACAAGCUCCAAAUGAUCCUGCAAGAAAUUGAUGUCCUCAUCGCACAGAUGAUUGCAUUUAGGUUCAAAUUCAAACCAGGGCCACUAGAGCCCAUAAAUUACUUGAGGCAGAGUAAUUCUGAUAUCAUCGACCCUUUGAACAUUGCUAAAGAAUCAAGAGCCCAAGAGAAGAAGGAUGUUAUUGAUAGAUUACUUGCUCAAGCUAGUAGCCCGGAUCUCAUGGUCCUUCCAAUCGUUGGAAUGGGGGGAUUGGGCAAGACCACCUUGGCACAGCUCAUUUACAAUGACCCUGAAAUCAGGAAGCAUUUCCAGUUGCAGCUUUGGGUGUGUGUCUCUAAUAACUUUGAUGUGGAUUCCGUGGCUGAUAGAAUAGUGAAAGAGAAUGGUUGUCUAGCAAGUGGAAGUUCAGCACUGAAGAAGCUUCAAAAUGCAGUGAGUGGGAAGAGGUACCUCCUCGUAUUGGAUGAUGUCUGGAACCGUGAUGAGCACAAGUGGGAAAGGCUGAAGUCCUACAUUCAGCAUGGUGACAAUGGUAGUGCAGUGUUGACAACAACUCGCGAUGGAGCAGUUGCUGAUAUAAUGAUGGGUAAAACUGAAGGAGCCUAUAAACUUGAAAGGUUGGGUGCAUGCUUCAUAGAGAAAAUUAUAAAGACAAGAGCAUUCAGAUCACAAAAAGAAGAGGAAUUGCCUGUUGAACUAGUUAAAAUGGUCGGAGAAGUUGCCAAGAGAUGUGCUGGUUCUCCUUUACCUGCUAUAUCAUUGGGCUCUUUACUGCGUACCAAGACCACCGAGGAAGAAUGGAAGUAUGUACUAAGGAGAAGCUCGAUAUGUGAUGAGGAAAAUAAAAUUUUGCCAGUACUCAAGCUUAAUUACAAUGGCUUGCCAUCAGAUAUGAGGCAGUGUCUUUCUUUCUGUGCUAUGUUUCCAAAGGAUUAUGAGAUUGAUGUGGAAAUGCUAAUCCAAUUGUGGAUGGCCAAUGGUUUUAUCCUAGAGAAACAAGGAGAACGUCCUGAAAUUAUUGGUAAAAAUAUUUUCUAUGAAUUGGUAGAAAGAUCAUUUUUUCAGGAUGUGAAGGGAAGCCCAUUUCCGUUCAAUAAUACAGAGCACCCCAGAGUUACUUGUAGGAUCCACGACCUUAUGCAUGAUGUUGCAGCAUCUAUUAUGGGAAAAGAAUGUGCUGCAAUAACUACACGCCCGAGCCAAAGUGAGGAUGCUCUUCAUUCAACUCGUCAUUUGUAUUUAUCAGUCAAUCGACCAGAAAAUCAUCUGAAUGCUUCCCUAGAGAAAGGAUCUCCAGCUUUCCAAACAUUGAUAUGUGAUGGAUAUGUAAAAGAAGAUAUGAAGAUAUUAUCAAAAUACAACUCUAUUAGAGCAUUAAAGAUCGAUCGGGGCUCAUUCCUAAGGCCGAAAUAUCUUCAUCACCUGAGGUAUCUUGAUCUCUCAGAAAGUGAUAUUGAAGCGCUUCCUGAAGACAUCAGCAUCCUGUAUCAUCUGCAAACACUCAACCUUUCUGAUUGCCGUGAUCUUCAGCGACUUCCAAAGGAACUGAAGUAUUUGACUUCCCUCCGUCACCUCUACACUCACAAAUGUCCAAAGUUGAAAAGCAUGCCCGCAGAGCUCGGACACCUCACUUGCCUGCAGACACUUACAUGCUUUGUUGUAGGUACUGACACCUAUUGCAGUAAUGUGAGAGAGCUGCGGAAUUUGGACCUUGGCGGUAGACUAGAGCUAAGACAGCUCGAAAAUGUCGCAAGAGCAGAUGUAGAAGCAAUAGGUCUUGGAAAUAAGAAAAAACUGACCGAACUGAAGUUAGUAUGGAUUGAUAAUGACCAGCAGGAACAGAAUAAUAAUAAUCAUGAAGAGGUGGUGGAAGGUCUCAAACCUCAUGAUGGGCUGAAGGCCCUAAGGAUAGAUUCAUGUGGGAGUAGUAUUUUUCCAUCGUGGAUGAAUAUGUUGAAUGGCAUGGUGAAGUUAAAGUUAUUUUACUGCAGGAAGCUCGAGAAGCUUCCUGCACUCUGGCAGUUACCAGUUCUGGAAAUUCUUCACCUGGAAGGAUUGCCGAGUUUACAUUGUUUGUGCAGCGGUGGUACUACACCCAUCACAUUUCAGAAACUGAGGGUGCUUACCUUUGAGUGGAUGCCAAAUUUUGAGGCAUGGUUGGACACAGAUGCUGUACAAGGAGAAGGGCCGAUAUUUCCCAAGGUUGAGGAGCUGGAGAUCCGUUGGUGUGGAGGUUUGACUGCAUUACCAAAAGCAGCACCAGUGAUUACGGAAUCAUCUGGCGGAGUUGACACUAAGUGCCGCUCCGCAUUUCCAGAACUGAGAAAAAUGAAGUUAACGCAUUUGAAUAUGUUUGACAGGUGGGAGGCAGUCGAAGGAACUCUAGGAGAAGGGGUAACAUUUCCUCGGCUUGAGGAACUGUACAUCAGGAAUUGUGCAAGCCUCAGUGCACUACCAAAAGGGUCGUUAUUGGUUAAACAAUCAUUUGGCGGAGCUGAAACUGUGUGCCCCCGCUCUGCAUUUACAGCACUGAGGAAACUGCACGUGUGGUUUUGUGGAAGCCUGAGUGCACUACCAAAAGGGUCACUAUUGGUUAAACAAUCAUUUGGCGGAGCUGAAACUGUGUGUUGUCGCUCUGCAUUUCCAGCACUGAGGAAACUAUUAUUACAUGAUUUGUCGGCCCUUGAGAGGUGGGGGGCAGCCGAAGGAACUCCGGGAGAAGAGGUAACAUUUCCUCUGCUGGAGAAGUUGGACAUUGAUGACUGCCCGAAGUUGACUGAUCUACCUGAAGCGCCGAAGCUAAGUGAAUUAGGCAUAAAAGGACGUCAUCAAUAUGUGUCCCUACAGGCAGCUAGCAGAUACAUUCCUUCACUGUCCAUGCUGCGUCUGGACGUGUCACCCGAUGACGCGGAAACAACACUGCAGCAUGUCAAGCAGAAAUGGAAUCAUGAACUCCCCCUGGAAGCUAUGCGCUUGGCUAGGUGCGACCUUCUGUUCUCAUCCCACUCAAAUGCACUAGCGCUGUGGGCAUGUUUUGCACGGCUAGUAGAUUUAUCAAUUUCGGAUUGCGACGCUCUUGUCUACUGGCCAGAAAAUGUGUUCCAGGUCCUGGUAUCCCUGAGGAAGUUAUGGAUUCGGGAAUGCAGCAAACUGACAGGACGCACACAAGCUUCUGGCGAGCAAUCUGCUCCAGGACGGGAUGGACUCCUGCCACAUCUGGAGUUUCUAACCAUAGAUGAUUGCAAAUCUUUCGUAGAGGUCCCCAACCUGCCGGCAUCUCUCAAGAAAUUACAUAUAGAGAGGUGCAAUGAUAAUCUCGAGUCCAUCGUAUUCGGUCUGCAGGAGGACACAAGGGUCCAGCAGUCGUGA